GGAGGAGGAGGAGGAGGAGGAGGAGGAGGAGGAGGAGGAGGAGGAGGAGGAGGAGGAGGAGGAGGAGGAGGAGGAGGAGGAGGAGGAGGAGGAGGAGGAGGAGGAGGAGGAGGAGGAGGAGGAGGAGGAGGAGGAGGAGGAGGAGGAGGAGGAGGAGGAGGAGGAGGAGGAGGAGGAGGAGGAGGAGGAGGAGGAGGAGGAGGAGGAGGAGGAGGAGGAGGAGGAGGAGGAGGAGGAGGAGGAGGAGGAGGAGGAGGAGGAGGAGGAGGAGGAGGAGGAGGAGGAGGAGGAGGAGGAGGAGGAGGAGGAGGAGGAGGAGGAGGAGGAGGAGGAGGAGGAGGAGGAGGAGGAGGAGGAGGAGGAGGAGGAGGAGGAGGAGGAGGAGGAGGAGGAGGAGGAGGAGGAGGAGGAGGAGGAGGAGGAGGAGGAGGAGGAGGAGGAGGAGGAGGAGGAGGAGGAGGAGGAGGAGGAGGAGGAGGAGGAGGAGGAGGAGGAGGAGGAGAGGAGGAGGAGGAGGAGGAGGAGGAGGAGGAGGAGGAGGAGGAGGAGGAGGAGGAGGAGGAGGAGGAGGAGGAGGAGGAGGAGGAGGAGGAGGAGGAGGAGGAGGAGGAGGAGGAGGAGGAGGAGGAGGAGGAGGAGGAGGAGGAGGAGGAGGAGGAGGAGGAGGAGGAGGAGGAGGAGGAGGAGGAGGAGGAGGAGGAGGAGGAGGAGGAGGAGGAGGAGGAGGAGGAGGAGGAGGAGGAGGAGGAGGAGGAGGAGGAGGAGGAGGAGGAGGAGGAGGAGGAGGAGGAGGAGGAGGAGAAAAGGAGAGUGACAUCAGAGGAGUGA